AUGUCCUGGCAACCAGAAGAUGUUGUGCCACAGCAUAUAAAGGCACUUUUGGUGCCCAAAAAUGCUCCAGUUAACUAUGCAUUGGCAUUUGUGCAAAUAAUUCGACUUUUAAAAACCCAAAAACGUACUGGUUGGGUAGAUCGUAAUAUUCCCGAACCCAAAGCGGAAACCAUCAGUGAUCACAUGUAUCGUAUGUCAAUUAUUGCCAUGAUGGUGCCUAAUAGGGACAUCAAUUUGGACAAAUGUGUCAAAAUAGCCCUUAUUCAUGACAUUGCCGAAUCAUUGGUGGGAGAUAUUACUCCAUUUGGUGGGGUGCCCAAACAGGAAAAACAUCGUCGUGAACUCGCCACCAUCCAAUAUUUGGCCUCCAUUAUCACGCCGUAUAAUGAGCAGUUUGCCAAGGAAAUGGUCGAGCUUUGGAUGGAUUAUGAAGAGAUUCGAUGCAUAGAAGCCCGGUAUGUGAAGGAUAUCGAUAAGUAUGAAAUGAUCCAACAAGCAUGGGACUACGAGCAAGAGUAUGGUGCCAAAUACGACCUCAGCGAGUUCUACAAGUCUCGUGACGGCAUUGUGACGGCAGAAAUUGGCGAAUUGUGUGAUGAAGUGAUUCGUCAAAGAACUCAGUUCUUCUCGUAG